AUGGCUCCAGAGAAAUGGCCCUGUGGGAACCAGGAAGUUGCCUCUAUAUGCUCCAUCUUCAACCCACCAGGACAAUGGGUUGCUGUGGCUGCUCUUGAGGCUGUAGCUCUAGCUGUGGGGGCUGUGGCUUUGGCUGUGGGGGCUAUGGCUCUGGCUGUGGAGGUUGUGGCUCCAGCUGUGGGGGCUGUGGCUCUGGCUGUGGAGGCUGUGGUUCCAGCCUCUAGCCUCAGAUCUUGCACUGGCAGCACACAGGGACACAGCAGCUGGACUGGGAGCAGCAGGGCUUACAGCAGCUGGACUGGCAGCAGGAUGACCCACAGCCUGAGGAGCAGCAGCAGGGCUUGCAGCAGCUGGACUGGCAGCAGGAUGACCCACAGCCUGAGGAUGAGCAGCAGGGCUUACAACAGCUGGAUUGGCAGCAGCCACAAGAAGCACAGCCCCCUUUGGAGCCCCCACAAGAGCCAUAGCCUCCUUUGGAGCCCCCACAAGAGCCACAGCCCCCGUUGGAGCCCCCACAGCAGCCACAGCUGGAGCAGGAACAGGUUGGCACACAGCAGCAUACAGGCUUGCAGCAGCAGAUGGGCACACAGCAGCUGGAGCCACAGCCCCCACAUCCAGAGCCACAGCCCCCACAGCCGGAGCCACAGCUUCCGGAGCAGCCACAACAGCCCAUGGUUCUGGUGGUUUGAGGAUGGAGCAGGUAGAGGAGCAGGUGAGAGGGAGGUGCAGGUGUGGAGCUCCCUGAGCCUGGGCCAUUUAUAUCCCUGACUGAGGGUCCUGCUAGGCACAUGGUCACUUCCUUGUGUCUAUUUAUGUUCUUUCCCCAGGAAAAUUGCAUUUCCUUUAAAAUGACACAUACGUUGCUUUGCCCUUGUGACUCACUUCCUACUUCUACAUUGUUUUCCUCUCCAAACCUUCAAGGCCUAACUCUGCUCCAUUCUGGGAACCCCUUGCAAUGAGUGAGCUUCACAUAUUCCUUCCCUGUUCAAAUC